AUGGAGGAUCAAACCCCAACAGGUCGGACCAAGAGGACAAACUGUCAUAGACGCAAGACCCGCUGCGAUAUUGUCGACAAGGGCGCACCCUGCACAAACUGUUCCAAACACAGCCGGCCAGGAUGUCGCUUAUACGAGAAGAAGACUAGGUCAUACCACCGAGAUGUCCAGCCUCGGGUGAACAGGGCUAUUCGUCCCCGCGACAUCAAUCCGGUUGCUGCUGGAGCCAGCGGCACGCCGACCAGGUCACCGACGCCAGUCGCCAGAGAGGCGUCGGAUCCCGGUAACCUGGCCGAGUUCAUCGACCGUGAGGAAUUGAGGACGGCAGCCAUCAACCUCCGGGGCCGCAUGUGCUUCAUCGGCACGGGCGUCUCCAAUUUCAACUACCUCGUGCGGCAGAGCUCGCUGAACCCCAUCGACGAAGGCGCCGUCCACUUCGCCAACCGGCAAUUUCACCCGGUGCACACGGCGCACGACCUUCGGAGCGUGCCUCCCUCGGCCCUGGAGCGCCUGGACACGGCUCUGGAGCGGAGGCUCCUAGGUGCGUACUUCGAACGCGUCAACCGUGGUUGGCCCAUCGUCGACGAGCACCACUUCAUGACGCAGUACGAGAGUAAGGACCCGGAGGACGGGCCGUCCCUCCCCCUGCUGAAUGCCAUCCUCAUCGUAGGCGCGCACGCCCUGGGGUCAGAGGACGAGUCCCUCAAGGCGCUGCAGCCGGUGCUCUUUCGCCGCACAAAGACCCUUAUCGAUCGCCGCUUCGACCAGGACCGAACCGUCUAUGUCCAGGCAGCGCUUCUGCUCACCUGGUACUCGGACGGUCUCGAAGAGCUCACGGCCAAUGCCUGGCACUGGAUCGGAAUUGCGACUCGUAUAGCACUGGGCCAUGGUAUACACAGGGAUGUCACCAAGUCGAGAAUGCUUCCUGUAAGCAAGCGGAUCUGGACAAGGUUGUGGUGGGUUCUGGUACAGUUCGACACCAUGGUGUCUGCGUCGUAUGGUCGCAUACCGGCGCUAGAUAUUGACGAGUCGGAUGUCCCCGAGCUGGAGCGCUCGCACUUUGAGGGCAUCCCGGAUGCAGAUGCCGACUUUGUGAUCCAGCACUCGAAGCUCUGCUGCAUCAUCUCCAGGACCAUGCGGAGACGCUGGUCCCUGCGCUCGACAGUGCAGAGCCAGGUCAAGGCCACGAGGGAGGCAGACGAGGCCCUGGCACUGUUCGUAUCGCAGCUGCCCCCCGCGCUGCACCUUUCCAGGCCGGACAUGAACGCAUGGAAGGCAACGCUGCACCUCACCUACAACAACUUCCUCAUUCUCCUGCACAGGCCCGCACCGCGGAACAACCCGACCAACGUGGUUUCCGACGCCGUCUCCAACGUGUGCAGCGACCUGUCCGUGUGCGGAGUCGCCGUCGUGGCCAUGGCGUCCAUAUUCGACACGCUCCGCCACAGGGGCUUGCUUCUCAGGCUCUGGCUGUACGAUAUCCACGCCCUGUUCACGGCCAUGAUUCACGUCAGCUGCGAGCUCAAACUGCUCAACCCGCUGGUAUCAGCCCGGGCCCAACAGACAUUCGAGUCUCUCAUGGCUUCACUCGUGGUGCUCGCGCGUCACUGGCGCUUCGCCCAAGGUCUACUGUGCCUGUUCCAGCAGCGAGUCCAGUGGUCCGCACCUAGGCGUGCGCUGAUGACAGCGACGUGGCGGCAGCCGUCGGCGGAAAGUGCCCGCAACGACGUCCAAAAUGUGACUCUUUCCCUGACCCCGAGUGACAUACCAGCUUUACAGUCGGCCAAGGGGAAGGUAUCGGGAGGGAACAUCAUGCAAGUCACUGGCAUCCAUGCGCAUGAUCAAACCGUACGGCAUGGCGACGUGAAUGGAACCCCGGCCACUUCGUCGUGGACGGUAGGCGAUGAUGGCUACAUCGGCCGGGGUGUAGAUUUUCCAACCCGCACUGACGAGAACAGCAACAAAGCUAGCAGAGACUAUCUUGGCUACCCGCACGGGGCACAGUACGCAGACGGAGAUGGGUUUCUCGCGGAGCUCCCGUCACCGGAUGGUUCGGCUCUUGACUUUUUGCUGGGGGACCUUGGAGGGAGUGACCAAUGGUUUGGCCUGUAG